CUAGUCUUUAUACAAUCAAACAAUAUUUUGUAACAUUUUUAAAGCAGACGGCUAAUAUAGAGGACCACAAAAUGGAUUGGUGGUGUUUAGGAAUAAUUGUCUGCUCAGCUGUUAUUGUGACCUUAUGCUCUGCGUCAGAGGGAACGCUACAUGACGAUUAUGACGCCACUCCAGGAACUCACAUGUUCGACGCCGACGAAUGUCCGCCUAAUACGAUAUUUUGCUUGUUUUCUUCACGCUGUGUAAACCUCGAUGGCUCGUGCAUAGUCCCACCAACAUGCAAACAAGGGGAGGUUUUACAAGAAAAUCGUCUUGGUGUGUACCGGUGUGUAACCGCAGAGGACAACCAUGUAAAUGAGCCGGAACACUGUAAAGAGGGUCAGAUUUUCUGCAUACAAGAACGAAGAUGUGUCAACAUGGAUGGCACGUGCCCUACCGAACCGACAUGUGGCCAAUAUCAGAUGCUGUGUAACAGAGAUGGUACUCUUACUUGUGUAGAGGGCGGAUCUUGUUCACAUGUAGAAGCGGGAUUCUAUCUGGAACAAGCUGAUUACAACAAUGUUGUAGGUGAAGCAUAUGAACAUUUAGAAGAUUUUAAGGAUCAUGUAAAGCAACUUUUGUCGAAAAACAUUCCUGGGUCGGGUGUGAACGACUUUUAUGACAUGUCAGUUGAACGCGGGUCCAUAGACAUAAGAUUAUCUGCAAGCUCAAGGCUCUUAGACUAUUUUAUCAACAUAAUGACCUCCCGCAUACAGUUCAUGACAGAUCUUCAAGGCGAACAGAUGACCAUAAACUAUGACAAGUCAUAUGCCGAAUUUAAAAAAGGUUACCAUGUAGACUGUACAGACAACACUUGUACAUCAUGUCCAGUCGGUCAGAAAUAUGACGUCAUGCACUCGGGUUGUGUGUCGGUGCUCGAUGACCAACUCCCAGACUAUGAGGGAAUGCACGGUGGCCAGAAAAAAUGCAAACUGGGCAUGAUAUUCUGUCUCCAAGCACAGAGAUGCGUUAACCUCGAUGGCACAUGUGAUGAUGAACCUUCUUGUGACACACAUCAGGUUAUGUGCAAAACAGACAGAGGUUUAAUGUGUGUGGAUCAUGGUCAAUGCAAUUACGCUGAAGUAAUUAUAUACGUCGACAAUACUGACUUUAAUGCUGUUAUUGGACCUGAUUUUGAGAACAUGAAAGGUUUUAUUGGACACUUUAAGAAAGAUUUGCUCGCAAAAGUUCCUGGUGCAAUGGAUACGGACGUCUGGAAUUUUGAAACAACGUCCGGUUCCAUAGUCAUUGAGUUUUUCAUGAGUUCACAAUUUUACAGUCGUCUUAUGGAAUUGAAGCAGUCUGGUUCCCAGUUUAUAUCAAAUUUUAAUGAGCAUUCCCUCCACAUAGACUGGGAGAAAAGUUCUGCACACAUCCACACGGCUUAUCAUCAGGAUUUCUACACUGAAUGCCAGGAUGAACAUUGCAUAACCUGUCCUAAGGACUCGAGAAAAUGGUAA